GUGAUAGACAAUUGUCACAGUCAGUAGUGUCAACUGUCAACGUUUUAUAAAAAUUGAACAAAACAUUGAGCAAUUCAAUGCAAUUUCAAUAUUCUGUGAUUUAAUCCGGUCUAUUUUAUUGUAUUACGUUGUAAUUUAUAUUCACUCGAUUGAUUCUACAUAUUAGUAUUUCAAGCCACUCACUGCAUAAUGUCGUCGUUCCAAGAUCGACAAAAAAGCCUCUUUAACCAGUUAAAAGAUGCUGAAGACCAAUACAGCUUUUCCAAAACAAACAAAGCAGCACCUCAAGACUAUGGCACAAUCGAUAAAUACACAUACAAGAAACUAAAACAUGAAAUGAAACAAUUCAGAGGCAGGGAAAGUAUAUACAAGAGGGCUGAGGCUAACAUUCGAGAAUGCCUCAAGGCAAAGACUAUUCCUGACCACAUUAAAAACCCUCAGAGAUAUAAAUACUAUUCACUAGCCGAUGUGACUCCUGAACAAAUGUCUGACUCCACAAACACUGCUACAGCAUUAGCACUCAUUCGUGAGCUAGAAGAAAAGAAUGCAGCUGAAACUGCCAUGGAGACAGACACAGAUGAUGGUGUGUUCAAAAAACCAACAUUCCACAUUUCAUCAUCUCUAAGAAAGUCGCCCAAACCAGAAGAAAAACCUAUAUUUAAAAGCAGUAAAGUCAUAAUGCCAGAGUAUGUUGUUGGAGUCACAAAGAAAAAAGAGAAGAAAGUGAAUUUACCUAAAAAGGAUAGUUCUAAGAAUUCAGAAGCUUCUGGCACUAGGGUGGCAUUAAAGUUGGAUCAUCUUUUUGAAGAUGAAUAGUUUUUUGAUGAUGUUUAAUAUUUAGUAUUAUGUUUUAAAUAGUAAUAAAGUGACUUUUUACACUUCA